AUGUGGGGCGACAACGAACAGCUUGUCGGUGUCAUCUCGCCUCAUGCAGGCAUCAGUUACUCGGGCAAUACGGCGGCACACGUGUACGCAGCACUGCACAACUACUUGUACGGGGCAAAAGGAAGCGAAGUCACCCGCAUCUUCCUUUUGGGGCCGUCGCACCACAAGGGCUUUGAGGGGGUGGAGAUGUCCGGCGCGCAGCAGUACGAAACACCGUUUGGCCCGCUUGCCGUGAGCACCAUCACCGUUGAGGAGGUCGCCCAAGCGCUUCGCAAGGCCAAUGUGCCGGUGGGGCGCAUGUCAAAAGUCACUGAUGAAGACGAGCACUCCCUUGAGAUGCAGCUGCCGUUCGUUUCGCACAUUCUACACUAUCCACCCAGCGGAGCCACCGCCGCGAAGGGACGUGUGGAGCUGGUGCCGAUGCUUCUCGGUUACAUGAACCGGGGGAUGGAGGAUCGCAUUGGUGCCGUCUUGUCGGCGUACUGCGGGGACCCGUGCAACAUCUUCGUGCUGAGUUCCGACUUCUGCCACUGGGGCUCAAGGUUUCAGUACGCAUUCCACUACCAGAAGGCAAAUUACCCGGAAAUCGCUGAAGCCAUCAUCGCAAUGGACCAUGAGGGCAUGGAUUGGCUGGAGAAGCGCGAUAUAAACGGCUGGCACGAGUACCUCGCCAAGACCAAGAACACCAUCUGUGGCAGGAAUCCCAUCUCCGCGGGCAUGGUGGCCUUGAAGAACCGAAAGACGGUCUCAGUGCGUUUCCUGCACUACUCGCAGUCGAAUCGCUGUGCGAAUCUAUCGGACUCUUCUGUGAGUUACGCCGGGGCCGUCAUCACACAGGGCUGA